AUGCCCAUCACCACAGUUCUAGGCGAUGCAAACGCUCGCAACUGGUACGACACUGCGUCCCUUUUCCAUCACCUCAUUGUGCUUAUUUCGAUUCAACACAGAAGUGGCCUCAUCAUCUUCACAUGGACGGAGCGAACUCCUGCCUCUCUCACCAAAACUCUCCUUCGAUCCACUACUGCAAUCAGUCGUACGGCUUCCAUUCCGAGGUAUGUGCGACCAUAG